AUUUGGGUAUCAGUAUCAACGCUAAAACCCAGACAAAGCCCUACCUCUCUCUCUCUAGUCAAUAACCACACCAUGGCCGCCUUCGCCGCCAGAUCAGCCUUUCGCUCGGCCGCGCGCAGCGCCUCCGCGACUGUAUCCGCCGGCAUCAAGCCCAGGGCCGCUCCCUCUCCAUUUCGCGUCCCAUCGCAAACUCCGCUCUCCGCUCGCAUUUUCAGGUCUCCCGUUGAGAUGAGCUGUGUUAGCGUAAUGUCGAUGUUGCCGCACCACACCGCCACCGCCACCGCCGUCCUAAAUUCUAUGCUAUCCGUCGCGCCUCGCGGCCACGGCUGGAGCAUUGAAGAUCGGUGAUUGUUCGAAUGUGUUGAGAUGGACAGCUUUUUGUGAUUGUUGUCAGUGGACAAGUAAUACUACUUCAAGGGGCAUCGUUUCUGCUUCGUCGUUAGAGCUAGUCUUUUAUAAUCUUUGUAGUCGUCUUCCCCAUUCUCGGCCAUUCAUUACUUCGUGUUUCUAGAAACCUUUUGCAAGAAGAUCUAGUAGUACUACUAAAUUGUGUUUUCCUUCGCUUUCUUCAAAAAAAAUGUGUAGUGCUUAAGCAUCGCUUAAAUGUUUGGACAUAUGAUCUCACAAAAAAUUGCUUUUAUUUACUAGUUGGUGUUUAUUCCUUGCCUGUAGUGUUUGAGGGCUUGAAGCUAAAAUUAUUGUUUGAGAGGUUGAAACAUGUACAAUGUUCAAAAACAGAUUGAAUGUAUUGUGACAUUAUUUCACUAUUAUUAGUUUAUUAUCAUUUCAGCUCAA